AUGGCUGGCGCAAAGAAGAACUUCAAGGCGACCAAGAAGUUCGAGUCCAAGCACCUCAAGGGUGUCCUGGACCAGAGGAAAGCCGCCGCCAAGGUCAAGCAGCGCCACCAGGUCAAGGCCAAGAAGCAGGGCAAGAAGUCCCAGGAUGCCGAGUUCUACAAGGGCGGCGACGAUGACGACGCCUCCGCGAAGCCCAAGCCCAAGGGCAAGACGGCCAAUGUCGGCGAGAUGAGCGUCGACGACUUUUUCGGCGGUGGCUUCGAGAUCAUCGACCAGAAGCAGCCCGGCAACAAGGCCUCCAAGAAGCUCGGCAAGCGGAAACGAGACGCCCCCGCCGCCGACGAUGGUGACGACGACGAUGAUGAGGGUGGCGACCUGGGCCUCUCCUCGGGCGACGAUGACACCGCCGCACCUGUGGCCAGCGACAGCGAGGAAUCCGGCAACGAGGACGACGAGGAUGUUGGCAUGAGCAAGGAGGCCAUGGACGCCUUGGCAAAGGACGAUCCCGAGUUCUACAAGUUCUUGCAGGAGAACGAUCCCGAGGCCCUCGAGUUCGACGACGCAGAUCUUGCCGAGGUCGACGAACUGAGCGCCAGCGAGGACGAGCAGCCAAAGAAGAAGAGGAAGAAGGACCAGAAGGCCGCUGCCAAGGCCGACUCGGACGACGAGGCCGACGAAAGCAGUAACGAGCUGACACAGGCCAUGGUCGCCCGGUGGAAGGCGGCGCUGACCGAGAAGCACUCGCUGAAAGCCGCCCGACAGGUUGUCCUGGCUUUCCGCUCGGCUGCGCACCUGAACGAGGAGGAUGAGGAGGGUAUGAGGGCCCAGCGAUACUCGAUAUCCAGUCCCGAGGUCUUCCAUGACAUCCUGAUUGUCGCACUCAAGCAGAUCCCCGAGGUGCUGCAACAUCAUGUGCCCAUUAAGGAGUCCGCCUCUGGCAAAGUACAGGUCCCGACAGACUCCAAGAAGUUCAAGGUCUUGUCCAUGCUUCUCAAGUCGUUUGUAUCGGCCAUCCUGCACCUCCUCGACACCCUGUCCGACGACGGCACCCUGAAGCUCACGUUGUCGGCCAUCACGCCUCUGAUCCCCUACCUCUUGAGCUUCAGGAAGCUGCUGAAGAACCUGAUCAAGACCGUGGUCAGCUACUGGAGCAAAUCCACCUGUAGCGACUCGACAAGAAUCACUGCCUUCUUGGUGCUGCGAAGGCUUGUUGUGGUUGGCGACAAGGGCGUCCGGGAGGCCGUCCUCAAAGCGACCUACCAGGGCUUGAUUGCAGGAUCGCGUGUCACCAACCCCAACACCGUCCAGGGCAUCAACUUGAUGAAGAACUCGGCAGCUGAGCUGUGGGGCAUUGACCAGAACAUCGGCUACACGACUGCUUUCAGUUUCAUCAGACAACUGGCCAUCCACCUGCGCAACAGCAUCGUACAUAACCAGAACGAUUCGUACAGAAAUGUCUACAACUGGCAGUAUGUUCACUCUCUGGAUUUCUGGUCCUGUGUGCUCGCAGAGCACUGCAGCCCCUUGAAGGAGGCCGAGGCUGGCAAGGAAUCGCAGCUCAAGCUCCUGGUCUAUCCCCUGGUGCAGGUGACUCUCGGAGCCAUGCGCCUCAUUCCUACAGCCAUCUACUUCCCUCUCCGAUUCCACAUGAUUCGAUCUCUGCUGCGAAUUUCCAGAGCCACCGGAACGUACAUUCCCCUGGCCUCUGCACUUCUUGAAGUCCUCAACUCGGCCGAGAUGAGGAAGUCGCCAAAGGCCGCUACGCUGAAGCCCCUGGAUUUCCACGUCAACUACAAAGCUCCGAAGGCUUAUCUACGGACGCGCAUAUUCCAGGAUGGCGUUGGUGAUCAAGUCGUAGAUCUUUUCUCAGAGUACUUCGUACUUUGGUCGACCAACAUCGCCUUCCCUGAAUUCGCGUUACCCGUCGUCAUCAUGUUGAAGCGCUGGCUCAAGCAAUCGCGCAGGAAGACUGGCGGUAACAACAACAAUAAACUUCGAUCCGGAUUGGUGCUGCUGGUGCAGAAGCUCGAGGCCAACGCAAAGUUCAUCGAGGGCAAGCGAGCAAAGGUCGAUUUUGCCCCCAAGGACCGCGCACAAGUGGAUGCCUUCCUGAAGGACUUUGAGUGGGAGAAGACCCCUGUUGGUGCUUACGUGGUUGCCCAGCGUAGGGCCGGUGCUGAAAAGGCAAAGAUGCUUGAGCAGGCCCGAAAAGAAGACGACCGCAAGAGGAAAGAAGAGGAGAAGGAGGCCUUAGAGCUCAAUGGUGCCGAUGAGGACGAUGACGAUGAGGAUGAGGAGGAUGCCGAUUCGAUGGACGAGGACGACGAGUCUUCUGAGGAUGACGAAUAG